CGGCCCCAGAUCGCGCUGCCCAGCCAUGGAGGUGCACGUCGGGCUCGGGCGCGUGUAUGCCCGGCCGCCGGGCAAGACUUUCCGGGGCGCUUUCCAAAGCCUCUUCCAGAGCGUCCGCGAGGCCUUUCAGAGUCCCGGGACAGCGCGCGAGGAGCCCGGCCCGAGUAGCCACCCGGUCGCCGCCGCCGCCUCGGGCUCCUCUUCUGCCCCGCCCCAACCGGGCGCCCGCCUGCAAGAGCUCAGCCCGCGGAGGCCCCACCAGCACCAUCCUGCGCCGUCCGCCUCCCCUUCCUUCCUGCCCUUGGAAGCGCAGCCGCCGGCCAGCAAAGCGCUACAGCCGCAGCAGCGCCCGGACGAGGGCGAGCCUCCAGGCCCGUCCGCGCCGUCGGUCUCCUCGGCGCCGUCCGCCCCGGCCUCGAUGGUGCUGCUGGGCCCGUCUUUCCACAGCUGCUCGGGCGACUUCAAGGAUCUGCUGGCCGAGAGCAGCCUUCUGCCGCCGCCACCGCCGCACGCUCCGUCGGCGCCGUCGAAGAGCGACGGGCGAGCGGGGGAAGCCACGACGGCGCCGCCGACCAAGGAGGACUACCUGGGCGAGAGCGCCAAGGAGCUGUGCAAGGCCGUCUCGGCCUCCAUGGGGCUGGCCGUGGAAGCGCUGGAGGCGCCGGGCUCCGGCGGGAGCGAGCUGAGCGCCCCGCGCGGUGACUGCAUGUUCGCCCUGCCCGGCGCGGCCCUGCGGCCGGUGGCCCUGGGCGCCUGCAAGAUCGUCGAGGCCGCCGAGUCCGAGGAGGGCGGCGGAGCAGGCGGCGGUGGCGGCGAGGAGGAGGGCGCCCUGGCCAUGGACGUGCCCGGCCACUUGAGCCUCUUCAAGAACUCGCCCGAGAGCCCCGCACACCCCUAA